AGUCUAUGACGUUCGCUCUUUAUGUUUCAGAUUAAAUCUAAAUAUUGCGAUCUUCAACUUAGCGGCGGAGUGUAAAAUUAGAAGUUCAAUUGUCGUCAUCUAAGUAGUAGAAAAUAAUCCAUGAUUGGCGUCAUCGCCAAAUUUAUCACGUAAAAUGAACGAUUCAUCGACAUGUACAGUGUUCUUCAAAAACGCCUUCGACCUCCCAAAAAACGACGGCUAAUGCUUCGUUUGAUAUAAAUGAUAUUCAGAGUAGCAGUAGUACGCCUAUAAAUUCAUUUAGAAAGGCUUCUGAUCUUAUUUUGUUUAAUUUGACUGGCAGUUCGUUAUUUUAUUCAUUUGCUUUUAGAAAAGCCGUUCAAAUUCAGCGUCAAAAGAAGUUCCAGUUUUUUUGAAAGCAAAUAAAUUUAUUUGUAGGCACGUGCAUGAUUUAUUUCUGUCUUAUUGCAUUUUUAGACAUAUAUUUCAGUAAAUUGUAAUUUGCCGGUAUAUUCGGUAGAAGUCGAAGCUGCUUUAACUGAACGUAUUCAGAAAAGUUCGUUUUUUCUUUGUACGAUCUUCUUUGUUACCAAUUAUUUUAUUUUUCGUUUUUUAGGAAAUUUAGAGUUAGUUGAAGAAGCAUUUAUUAUUGAAACCACAGAUUUUUUUCAUGAAAGAUAAACCAAAGACCGUCAAUCGAUUAUAGGCAUAUUGCUGAGGCAAUUGUUAAACGUUAUCCAAAAUUGUUGCAAAGUUUAACAUCCUCUCAGAAAAAUUUAUCGACUUGUCUGCCAAGAUCGAUUAGAAACAAACGUGCUGAAAUAAAUAUGAAAGCACAAGGUCGUCAGCUUAGGAGUAAAAAGAAAGUGGGUUUACAUCUUAUAGAAGAUAUUACAACUGUAGCAGAAAAUGUUUUAUCAAAUAUGGACCUGAGUGUUGAAUCUCCAAAUAACUCGGUAAUCCACAUCUCGAACACAACUGAUGAUAAUCGAAUGUUCGAAACUGUAAUAAAUGCACAAAGUUCAAUUCAAUUAAAUAAUCCCAAUGGAAAAAGCCUUGAUAUUCAGGAAGAAAAUAUAUCAACAUGA